AUGGACGUGCUCCGCUGUUUCCAGUCGGCUACUGCCAUUGCUAAAAGAGGAUUCAAUGUUGACCGGUGCUUUAUCGGCAUCUCGCCGGGAGGAGUUGGCCAAAGCUUGUACUCACUACAUUUAUCCGAGAUGUAUGGCCACAAUCGUGCUUUUUUCGACCCAAACAUCUGGCACCUGGAUGAAGAGCUCCGCAAGCAGGUUGAGACCUUUGCAAAGUGUUUCAUUUUGACGGGGCAGGAG